CAAUAAAUAACAGCGACACCAGCUGAGCUUAGCUCAAUCGAUGUAAUCGUAUUAUUUCUUUUUUAUUUUUACUUUAUUUCGUGAGAAUGGAAAAUAUUUCAGAAACCCCCGCAAACGAAAAAAUGCCUAAUAUUUGCUCUACAAUCGUUAAAACUAUGCUUUAAAGUGCAAUAAAUUGCAGACAGUGUGUGAUAACAAAUGAGAAAUUGUUAGCGAAAAUUAAAAAGUUUUUAUCGUGUCCAUCAGUAGCAUUUCGAAAGAAAAAAAUAUUAAAGUUGAAAAAAGCCACUUGAGAUUAAUUCAAUUUGUGAGUGAAAAAGCAGAAAAGUAUAAUAUUAUUCAGAAAUAAAGAUAAAUUCCUGAUGUCUGUAUUGUGACGUGAAACGAGAGUGAAAAUCUUGUGAAUCAAGUUUUAUUGUUCGUAAUUUGAAAUGAUGGAUACACUGUGGAUUAUAUUUAUUGGUGUCUCUAUUUUUGGUAGUUGCUCUAAUGGACAAUCAGAUGUAGAAGUAGAAGUCAUUGCAAAAAAAUAUGUUGAGAGAGGAUCAACUGUGACACUCAUUUGUAAACAUAAUGUAGAACCGGAACGGUUGUACAAAGUAACAUGGCUGAAGGGAAAUGGAAAAGUUUUUGAAUAUAUUAAUGGACGGCAACCACCGUAUCGAAAUUUCACGGUACCGGGAGCUGAAAUAGACUUCCAGAAAUCGAAUCAAAAUGAAGUGACACUCAAGAAUCUUGACUUUGAUGCAUCAGGCCUAUACUACUGUGAAGUAUCGCUGGAGUCUCCUAUUUUCACAAAAGCUUCAAACGAAGAGCAAGUUCAUGUCAUUCUUCCGCAAAAUGCUCCACCAACAAUUGUCUUUAAGAAGCGUCAAUUUUAUAUCGGAGAAAAGUUAAUAGCAAACUGUACAACAUCACGUUCAAAGCCAGUUCCACAUAUAGUUUGGCUGAUAAAUGGAAAAAAAGUUGAUGAAAUUUAUCAGAAAACCCUCCACCCUUAUGGUGUCACUUCAAAGCACAGAUCCAAAGCCCAUCAUGAGAAAAACGACUUUAAUGAGCAUCCUAAUGAAAAUGGAAAAUCAUCGAGAGACGAUGAAAGCGAUGAUGUUGAAGUGAACAAUAAUCGAAAUUCCCUCGAUAUAAGCCACCGUCACGGCUACAAUUUUGAGAACAAUGAAAGUACUGAUUCAUUUUAUAAAAGUUACAAUAAUUUUAAUAGUGAAAAUAGGGAAUCAAAAAAUUACCUUGACAAUAAAAACUACGAUAUUCAUAAGAAGCAUAGAAAUGGCUUAAUUAACAGAAAGUAUCGUCGUUUCGUAAACGACGGAUCGUAUCAGCAACAGCAUCAGAAAACAUCGAAUCGACGAAUGCAUCCCGGAACGUAUUCGAUUAGCCAAUUAAGUAUUGAAGUAUCAGAGCUUCAUGCUGGUGCUAAUGGUCGCUUAGAAAUCACCUGUCUAAGUACAAUUCCAGCAAAUGUUGCCCCGGGCGAACAGUAUGCUGAUUACAAAACUUUUAGCGUAAAAGUUGAUAUUGAAGCUGCUGAAUUAACAACAAAUCAAACACCUAUGGGUGGAAUGGCAGCAUUAGGAAACAAAUCAAAUAAGAUGUAUUCGUUAAAGUAUCCACUUGAGUUAAUGAUACAGUGUCUACCAAUAAUCAUAGUCAUCAUGGCUUAUCAGUAACUCGCAAAAUGUCAUUCAUUGGCUUAGAUUGUGAAGUUGUAAAGGCUGAAAUUCUAUGUUUUCAAAAGGAUGACAGUAAAAAAAAGAAAUAGGCAAAGUCAUAAUCACUGCUUUAAUGUUUUUACAUUAUUUGUAGCAGUUAUAUGAUUACUCAAUUAAAAUGCUUUCAGUUUUUCAUUUUAUAAUCAACAAAAAAUCAUACAUGAAUAUUAUUUUGUGGCUUUAUACAUGACACAGUAAUUUAACAUAGAAAUUAUAUUCUUUUUCUAGUUUCAAGAAUAAAUCCUAUUUAAAAUUUUUUCAUUUUGUCAAUGCCAGAUUGUCCUUCU